AUAAAUUAAGUGAAAACAUUAGUUGCCCUUUGCGUACGUCAAUCUAAAAGCAUGCAUGGACAAACUGGUUACCCAUUUUAUCAGUUUCUGAAAAUUAUUUAAUUAGAUAUUACAUGAUCAAGCUAAGCCACACAUUUUGAGCAUUCAUUUUUAUCCCAUAAUCAUGAACACAUCAUAUAAGACACAUAAGUUUGAUGUUCUUCCAAUUCAUGAGUGCCACAAACAAACCAUGAUUGAUCAGUUUCUAGCACUGCUUCUCCUCGUAGUUAUUUCAUACGUUUUUUCAAUCAUUUACAAGAACCGAAAAUCUGGAAGAAGCAAAAUCAAUCUUCCACCAGGAAGUUUUGGAUGGCCGUUCGUCGGAGAAUCUAUAUCAUUUCUCCGGGCAAAUUGGGAUGGAACUCCGGAGAGAUUUGUUCGAGAACGAAUCAAGAAACAUGGCAAUCCAUUAGUAUUCAAGACGUGCGUUUUUGGGGAGCGUAUGGCAGUGCUUUAUGGUCCCGCCGGCAACAAGUUCCUGUUUGGGAACGAGAACAAGCUGGUGGCGGCAUGGUGGCCGUCGAGCGUGAAUAAGCUUUUUGGCCGGUGUUUGGUUACAAUCCGUGGUGAUGAAGCAAAGUGGAUGAGGAAGAUGAUGUUAUCGUAUCUGGGUCCAGAAGCUUUCGCCAGUCAUUAUGUUGCCACCAUGGACAUCAUCACUCGUCGCCAUAUCGAAGUUCACUGGCGAGGCAAGGAGGAGUUGAACGUAUACCCAACCGUGAAGCUAUACGCCUUUGAGCUCGCCUGCCGUUUAUUUCUUAGCCUCGAGGAGCCUAACCAUAUCGCAAAACUUGCUUCCCUUUUCAACAUCUUCUUGAAAGGCAUCAUUGGGCUACCUCUAGACUUCCCAGGCACACGAUUUUAUAGAUCGAAAAAAGCAGCGGCAGCUAUUAGGAAAGACCUUAUGACCAUUAUUAAAGAGAGAAAAGUGGCUUUGGAAGAAGGAAAGGCAUCAUCUUCACAAGACCUCCUGUCACAUUUGCUUACAUCUUCCGACGACAAUGGCAAAUUUUUAACUGAGAUGGAGAUCGCAAAUAACUUCUUGUUACUACUAUUUGCUGGUCAUGACACCUCCACAGGAUCCAUCUCGUUGAUCAUGAAGAAUCUUGGCCAACACCCUCAUGUUUAUGACAAGGUGUUGAGAGAGCAAUUGGAGAUUUCAAAGUUAAAAGCCGCAGGAGAAUUGUUGAAAUGGGAGGACGUACAGAAGAUGAGAUAUUCUUGGAAUGUCGUAUGUGAAGUUAUGAGAAUAAAUUCUCCUUCCAUUGGAUCCUAUAAAGAGGCACUCGUAGAUUUUGAAUACGCUGGUUAUACCAUUCCCAAAGGAUGGAAGCUAUAUUGGAGUGCUGUAUCGACACAUAAAGAUGAGGAUAACUUUGAAGACGUGACACGGUUUGAUCCAUCUAGAUUUGAAGGUAAAGGACCAACUCCAUAUACAUAUGUGCCGUUUGGAGGGGGGCCAAGGAUGUGUUUAGGGAAAGAAUUUUCACGAGUGCAAGUACUUGUGUUCCUCCACAACAUUGUCACCAAUUUCAAAUGGGACUUGUUAGUACCCGAUGAGAAAAUCGAAUAUGAUCCAUUGGCUGCCCCUGUAAAUGGGCUUCCGAUUCGUCUCAAUCCUCAUCAAGUUAAUUUAGUAGAUACUAGCAUGAAUCGUUGAAGGGAUGUUGUAAUUAUGAAUAUCCAGGAUUUAGUGAAUUGCUAUGGGAACUCGGAUAAGAUAUGAUGAUGUUGAACAUAUAUACACUAAUUUAUUAGUGUGUCGACAGAGUAUAAAGAAUAUGAAAGUUAAUUAUACAAAAAAAGUACUAAGUAUUUUGUGUAAAAGAGAUAUCACGUACAUAGUUACGAGUUUAAGAGAAGACUUAAAAAUAUAUAUGAUGAUUAAAAUGAUGGGAUCUUUUUCACACAGUCUAACUCAAUGCAUGUUUGAGUUGGAUUCGAACUCUUGACAUUUUUUCUUUCUAGAAUGAUGUCACUUAAUAUGUGUUAUAACUGUUUUAAUUCUUAAUGAGGCAUGUAAAUGGAGGUAAAGCUUUUUGAGAUAAGCUAGGUACAAUUUUAUUAGGCCGGAUACAGGAAUACAUAGUAGGUGUUGUCGAGUUUGAAAUAAAUGUUGUCAAUACAAG